GAUCAUCAGUAUUCAGUUCUUUCGUGAUCGUCUCGGUGUUCGCAAGUGUUUUUGUCGUUUCGCGCCGGCUAGGUUUCGCGAAUCACCAUUUAUUAUCACACCUCGGAGGUCACCAACGGCACACGCAGCUGCUGAAGGUCUCUGAAGGCCGUUGUUUAAAACAAUUACGUGAUCACUGCGAGGUGCGACCGUUGUAGUUUAAAUUGAGUGAUAAUUACUUUCACUCGAAAGGUUGUGAUACACUUAAAGAUAGCGCCGCGGGUCAGCGCGUGCCGUUUAUGCUGCGAUCAUGAAGUCAUCAAAGGUGAUCUGUUUCGGUUUGGUUUGUCUAAUUGCUUGUAUUGCGCUGACAGACGCUCAAUGGUUCGGCAGUAAGAAGAAGAAGGAGGAGGAGCCAAAUGUGGCCUUGCUUUCGUAUAACCCGAUUGACCCUGAUGCGGUUCCACCGCCGCAAGCGCCGACAACCAGUACUACAUCAACGACCACUCCGGCCCCUACUACGACCAAGAAGAAAGGUUUCUUUGGUGGCCUAUUCGGAGGUGGUGACAAGAAGGAGAAGGAACCAAAAACGACCACAACCACUACAACUACUCCAAAGCCAACUACUACUACCAAAAGCACAACGGUAGCUCCAACGACGAAAAAAUCCAGUGGGUUUUUCGGAGGCCUAUUCGGCGGUAAAAAAGACAAGACCACAACAACGGUUGCUCCACUCACAACUGCCAAAGCGGGAGUAACCGUCCCUACGACUACGGCUAAAUCUGCCGUUGCAACAUCAACCGUGAAGCCCGGUUCUUCUGUGACUCCUGUAGUUGGCCUUACUAGCACCGUGAAGCCUGGAACGCCGGUGUCAUCUUCAUCAAUCCCAACCAUUCCUAAGACACCCACAUCCCAAGACGCUUUUCGUCCACUUCCCCCGGUUCCAACAACGGCUGCUUCCGCAACGAAACCACCAGUUCCACCUAAACCAGUAUCUCCAGCAUCCCCAGUUCUUGAUGCAUUCCCACCGCUACCUCCAAAAGCGGGCAGUCCUACACCAGCUUCCGUUCCAACAUCAACGGUUGCUAGUGCCUGGAACAAACCUCUUCCAGGUCAGCCACCGGCCUCUCCUGUUGCCGGCAAGCCUGGUGUGAGUUUCGUUCCAACCCAACCACCAGUCAAUGGGGUUAGAUCGACCACUCCAAAGUUCACCGAAGGAUCAACAGCAACAGACGAGGAACUCGAAGCCCUUUCUGAGCAGCUGUUCGCCAAGGAUAAUGCCAAUCUGAACAAGCACGUACGAGCAAACUAUCAGCGUCAGACGUUAUCGUCGUCCACCGUCGACGAAGCCAGUGAUCCCUUGCUUACCAUCGAUGAGCAGCAGGUCUUUUCGUACCCAACGAUCGAGAAAAUGCGCCCCCUGUUCAACAACUAUGAGAUCGACACGAUGGUCAACGAGCACGUCACGGCGAUGGAGAAGAAGGAAGAGAACGACUUUGUUGAUGCCCUGCUGGCGACGAAUGUCAUGCGUACCGCUAUGUUAUUCCUCCAGAAAAAGGGUGUCGUCACGGCCGAUCCCAAAACGCACCACGAGCUGCUGAAGACCAUCUGGUUCCAGCUGUACUCGCGGGGUAACGGAAAGAUUGGAAGCUCCGGCUUCGAGCAUGUGUUUUUGAACGAGAUCAGCAAUGGUACGAUGAUUGGCCUGCACAAUUGGGUGUACUUAUACGAACAGGAGAAGGCGGGUCGUUUGGACUACCAAGGGUAUCUGAAGAAGAUGGAUCUUAGUAACAAAGGGGAGAUCGCUAAGGUUCGGCUGACGUUUGACAAACUGCACAAACCGUCCAACUCACUGUUCAUCGCCACCUCACCCGAGCUGGAGAUUGCCCUCUACACGGUGUGUUUCCACAUGCGACAGGAUACGGAAUGUCCACUGUCGUACAACGGCAAGAAGUUCACAAUCAAAACGUUCUCAUUCCGCUACCGAGGCAAGAAUCUCAUCGGUGGCGCUUGGCCCAACUUCUAGACCUUGACGAGUCUACGUUGUUAUACUCAGUCCUUAUACUCGAAGUUAUGUAUAUUAUGAUUCCAAUUAAACGUUAAGCAAUAAAAUGUAGGGGUUACUGUUCAUUUUUCCUUCGAA